UUGCUGUGUGUGUGAAAAAAGCUCUGUGUUUGAGCUCAGGCUUUCACAGCUUCUGGUUUCAUACUGCCCUCAUGUGGACAGAAAUAAAAGAGAAGGCCUUGGAGAAUUUGCAUGGACCUUUGACCCUUUAAAGUCAGCUGUGUACCUUGAACAGGUUUGACUGGUUGAGUUUUUAUUUGACUUUCAGUUUGUAAAAUCUAGUUUCCACUGACGGAGACACUUGAGGAUCGAGCAAAGUCUGAGCCAGUAAACUUUGUGUCUCACACCAGUCUGAAGUAUUUGACAAACCCGGCCGAAUCCUGAUGAAAAGAUGGCAAAACCUGCAACUCUCAAAAGCUGUAAAGAAUUGGAGCAACUUCUUAAUGGAUAUACAGAACAAAUAGAGAAGCUGUGUCGUCUUUACGACGUACAGCCAAAAAGAAACAAAGACCAGAAAAAGAGAAUAAAGGCUGCAGCAAAAGAACUCAGAGAGCUUCUCGUGGAAACUGAAGAUCGGUCGUUUGAUGUCUCAUCUAUACUCGGUAUUAUAGAAUCAGGAACAGAAAUGAUAAAGAAAACAAUCGGAGAACUAGAAAUUGAUUCUGAUGUUGUCCAGCCAUGCCGUGUCAGCAGUAUGCACAGAGUUCUGGGUGACACUCAAAAGAAAAUGAUUUCAUCUGGUGCAGUAAAGCAUAAUCAUAAAAUGAUGAGAUUUAUGAAAGAUCUCAAAACAAAACAAAAACCAUUUCCCGCAAUCCAGGAACUGUUCCAGGAGGAGACGUCUUAUAAAUUAAGAACUGCUUAUAACAAAAUGGGAAUUGAUACAAAAGGUUGUGAGUCAUGUGCAUUAGAGGAUGAUUCUGAAUGGGAAGUUAAAACACCUUCAGAGGUCACAGCUGAAGCAAGUAUCAAGUACAGUGUCCGCACCUCUGCAGGGCAGUAUGAAUGUUCAGAGACUGGCCUCCGCUGGCGAUCUGACACCGAUGUCAGUUUGGAGUAUCGCUUUGUUGACUGGGAAUCAUUGCAUGAAGAUAUCAUGAAGAACUACAAGCCAUGUGGACCUUUGAUGGACAUCACUGUAACCUCUGGCUCUCUGGAGGAAAUUCAUCUACCUCACUUCAUCUGUGUAGAUUCUGGAUCUUCCUCAGAUGAUGCAGUGAAAGCUCUUCAUGUAAACGGCAGCGAAGCUUCAUUACAGAGAUGUGAACUAACCAGAUCCCAUGCCAAGCUCCUCAAUCCCACAUUCUCACUCUUGGGAAUUAUUGCACAUUUGUAUCAGUACCUCACCAUGAAAUUUCACUGUGUAACUUUGAUUUAUCGCAACAGAACAUCUCCCCUCAACCUUCACGUGUACCUGAUUUUAAAUGAUGAAAAACUUAAGAAGGAUGUGAAGGAGAAAGAGAAAAAGAAUACAGAGAUUGUAAAACCAACACCAAAUGAAGCCCUUAAAAUAGACAAAUUUUACACACUGAAGACAUCUUGUGACUCCAAAAUCAACCCUCAGGAUUUAAAACUGACACCCUGCAAGGCCAACUUCUUUGAUCUAUACAUUCAAGAUGGAAAGAAACCGAUUGAACUCUAUAUAGAAGACAAAGAAAACAAAAAAAUAUGGGAAGUUAAUAUAGAAUCAGAUGAAUUCAGCAUAAACAGUCCAGUCUGUCGUCGGCCAGCAGAAACCGCACAGAAAAGGGAACGCUGCAAAAACUGUAAAGGUGCUGAGUUUGUGGAGAAACACAGGGCAGAGUUGAUCAAAAAGGUAUCUCUGGUGGAGCCCAUUGCAGACGACAUGAAAGAUCUGAUUGGUGAUGAAAAAUACCAAAUCAUCUUAAAAUCAGGAACACCGCAAGAUGCAAUGAGAAACCUUCUGGGCUUCCUCACAACAACUAAACUGAAAGAGAAACUUUACCAAAGUCUUUUAAAAAAUGAGCGCUUCCUUGUUGAAGAGUUGCAGCAUUGUGAGUAGAUGCUCCUUAUCUGUCAGUACAAUCAAUUCAAGAUGCAGGGCCUUAUGAAAUAUUUUUUUUUUUCCGAAUUCCAUUUUCAUUUUUCCUGGAUUCAU